UGAAUUUUCUAGAGCUAUAGCCAACAAGUAGGCCCUACCAACCACGUUUCAUUCAGUUUUCUUAGCUUAUACAUUUAUACAUAGCCUACAUAACCUACAGCAUGUCCACAGCAGCAUGCAAUGUCCAGUGGGGCCAAUUUUGUCAUACCUCUGCGCGCUCCCGCUGAAUCCGCGCUCACGAUGUGUCUGCUGCACGCUGCAGGCAACCAGCUGCAAACAGUGGAACAACGAACAAGUGCUGCAGUGGACGGAGCCGGUGGAGCCGAGCAGCGCUUUUUACCCUGCACACAAGGACCAGCUUGAGGAAUCUGCUCCAGUGUGGCAAUUGAAUGUAGAAGACAGAAAUCUGACAGAUCAUUUGGAGGAUAAUGCUAUAUUGUGGAUUCAACCUCUGAUGAUUCUUUAAAGCGUCGCUGGAAAGGAGAGUGAGAGCAGACAAAAGGAAACCAACAACCAGGAGGAGAGUCUGCCGGUGGAGCCAUUAUCUCAGGGACACGCACUCUCUUUGGGGAUGGAAUCAGGGGAAUCUGUCUCCCUGACCAGGGGAUUACCACAAAGUGGAAAAAAAACUGUUUUAAAAUGAGAAACAAUUGAAUCUGUGCAUUUAAAAGCUCCUUCAAAGACAUCGAACAUAAAAAACAAAAUACUACAAUGGCUGGUGAAUUUGAGGACUGACACAAGCAGCAGCUCCGAACUUUUAGACCUGCAGAUGAGUUGGGACUCCAUCACACGAGCAGUUCAGGGUACAUAUACAGAGUACACCUGCCUCUUUGUUGAAAGUGGAUUUCUUGUUUUUCCUUUUAGUACUGCCACUAAAAAUGGACUCAGUUGCUUCUAAUGUGAAGAAGCCUUGAAGCAAUCCGUGCAUGUCCUCAAGGCUAGAUAGCCUGAGCCACCUUGCAGAAAUGUCUAACAUUAAAAUGCAAGCCUCAGCUGGCAGAGGAUGUAUGAAAGACUGGUUCUCCAAAACUAGAACAAUCUCCUGCCGACAAACAAAUCAUGUCUGUUUUCCUUCCGUCCCUCUCUCCCUACUUCUUUUCUUUCUGGUUACUCCUGCUCUCUCCAUUCAUAUGGAGUUCAUAGAGAGCCACAGUGAGUUUAGCUGUGAGCCCAUCAGACUGAGAAUGUGCCAGGAUCUGCCUUACAACACCACCUUUAUGCCCAACCUACUGAAUCACUACGACCAGCAGACAGCCGCACUAGCCAUGGAGCCUUUUCAUCCCAUGGUAAACCUAGUGUGCAGUGCUGACCUGAGGAUGUUCCUGUGUGCUCUGUAUGCGCCAGUGUGCACCGUGUAUGGCCAGGUGUCCAUGCCAUGUCGAUCCCUCUGCCAGCGGGCCAAGGACGAGUGCCAUAAACUGAUGGAGAUAUUUGGAGUUGCCUGGCCAGAUGACAUGGAGUGUAGCAGGUUUCCAGAUUGUGAUGAGUCCUAUCCUCGUCCAGAGGACCUGCUAACAGGCUCUGACCCCACUGACCAGUCAUCCAUGACUGUCCAGAGAGACUACGGCUUCUGGUGCCCUCGAGAACUCAAGAUCGACCCGGACCUGGGUUACGUUUUCAUGGGAAGGAAGGAUUGUUCUGCUCCUUGUCCUUCCAUGUACUUCAGCCAGCAGCAGCUGACCUUCAUCCGCUACUUCAUCGGAGUUGUCUCCAUUGUCUGUCUGUCUGCAACACUGUUCACCUUCCUGACGUUUCUCAUUGAUGUGACAAGGUUCCGAUACCCUGAGAGACCAAUCAUCUUCUACGCUGUGUGUUAUGUUAUGGUGUCGCUGGUGUUCUUCCUGGGGUUCCUGUUGGAAGACAGGGUAGCGUGUAACACGGUCAGCCCUUCGCAGUUCAGAGCUUCAACCAUAACACAGGGCUCACACAACAAGGCAUGUACCCUGUUCUUCAUGGUCUUGUAUUUCUUCACCAUGGCUGGCAGCGUGUGGUGGGUCAUACUGACAAUCACUUGGUUCCUGGCAGCUGUGCCUAAAUGGGGUAGCGAGGCCAUUGAGAAGAAAGCCCUCCUCUUCCAUGCCGUUGCCUGGGGUCUUCCGGGGGCCCUGACUGUCACCCUGUUGGCCCUGAACAAAAUUGAAGGAGAUGGGAUCAGUGGAGUGUGUUUCAUAGGGCUGUAUGACAUAGACGCCCUGAGGUGGUUUGUUCUGGCACCGCUCUGCCUCAACGUGGCGGUGGGUGUUUCUCUCCUGUUAGUGGGCAUUGUGGCUCUGAACCGGGUGCGCAUGGAGAUCCCUCUGGAGAAGGAGAACCAGACCAAACUGGUCAAGUUCAUGAUCAGAAUGGGUGUUUUCUCCGUGCUCUACCUUGUCCCCUUGAUCACUGUGAUUGGGUGCUACGUGUAUGAGCACACCUACCGGACCAUUUGGGAGACAACCUGGAUGGAGGAGAACUGCAGGCGUUAUCACAUCCCCUGCCCAUACAAGGUGGAGCAGACCAGUCAGCCAGCCAUGGUUAUAUUCCUUAUUAAGUACCUGAUGAUGUUGGUGGUGGGGAUUCCCUCUGUUUUCUGGGUGGGCAGCAAGAAGACCUGUUUUGAGUGGGCCAAUUUCCUGCAUGGGCGCAGGCGAAAAGACAGUGGGGUGAAUGAGUCUCGCCAGGUGCUGCAGGAGCAGCCAGACUUUGCCCAGUCUCUGCUGCGUGAACCCAACACCCCUGUCAUUAGAAAGUCCAGAGGAACAUCCACACAGGGCACUUCGACACACGCCUCAUCCACCCACUUAGCUGUCUUAGAUGACCUUGAUGAACCAGUCAGAACCCACCACGGCCACCCUGCCUCCACCAGGAGUAAAGCCAGCAGCGUCCACAGCAAGACCAGCUACCAUGGCAGCCUGCGGCACACUCGAGAUGACAGGAGCGAUGCUGUGGUUUACCGGGGUACUGAGGAGCGCAGUUUCCAUGGCAGCAUGCCACGUCUGGACCACCCGCUUUCCACUCACAGCAGCCUCCAUCAGAUAGAUGGCCCCUCAAGACACGGCAGCCAGAGAGACGUAUCCGAGGCCCCGCCUACCCUCAUCACCCAUGGAACCACGGCAAGUGACAGCCAAGUCGCUGAGAAUGACGGCACCAGCGCCUGAGAAGAGUUUCACAGGAAAUUAUUGUCAGGAUGCUUCUGGUGCCUUUUUAAAGGAAGGUUUGCAGGUGGCAGAUACACACCCGUCUGUUUAGUGUGUAAGUGUUUUCCUCUAAGAACCAGUACCAGUGGUUGCUGUGGAGGUGAAUUUUCCUUGCUGGUCAUUUGUUAGCAGUGUGGCUACAUGCUAGUUUCACUGCCAGCCAGACAGGCAUGUUUACUUAUUUGAAUUUACGCAGCAGUUGACUCCUGCUUCUCAAGACACGAUUCAGGGAAAAGUUGUGGUUGAGCCCAGGUAAACUAGAGCCAGCACUGGACAGCAAACACUGAGAAAACAUGGAAAGGAGACUUUAUGGACAAAAAGACUUACAUGUGUGAUGCGUUAGAUCCCUGAUUUGGAGAUCGCACACCUGUUUGGACAUGGUCUUGAGAUGGUUUAACCACUCCUAUGAUGACAUUAUUUCCAAAUCAUGAUCUUACACCAUCAUGCAGGACCUACAUGAAUAUUUACGUGAACACUGCCGAGUAUUGCUUUUAACAAUCUUAAAUGGUCUGUCCACUAUCUUGGUAAUGUCUCACAUAAAACUUGACUCAUCUCAGUCUCAGUCUAGACUCUAGACUGAGACUUUAUUAUUCCUAAACUGUGUUUGUCCUGGACUGCAGCUCUUAAUGAAUGACGUUUAUCUUUGUGUGGCUUCAGAGACUGACAAAUAUACGGGCCUAGUGUGAAAUUGUGGACCUCUCUGUUUUAGUGAAAUAUUUUUAUACUGUGAAAACUGUCUGCUGCUGAAAGCUUCACUCUGUGUGUGUGUGUGUGUGCGUGUAUGUGCGAGUGAGUGAGAAAUAGAGACACAAGUGGUCAUAUACGUUUUAAACUCUUUAGUUCUAAUGAACAGAGAAAGCAUGAUGGAGGGAUGUAAAAGAUGAAGCCUCGUGUAUCCCAGGAUUAUAGAAGGGUUGUAUUCAGAGCCAGAGGGAUGGUGAUAUAAUACCGACAUCUUUGGGUGGAAUGAACUGGAAUAAUGUGUGUGCACUAACUUACAUGCACAGACAUUUAUUCCAGCUCAGACUAAAACAAUUUUAGCACUGACCCUUCUGCACAGAGGCAUUAGCGUGACAGAUAGAAAAGGCAGCUUUGGAAACAAGAUGACAGUGUACUCAACAAAUACAUGUUCAGUUAGUUGUCAGCCAACCAAUUAAUGUCAUAAAAUCCUAAACAAAUAAGCAGAAUAAGGGUCAAGUGAACUUUAUUUAUCAAAAUCACAAAUUUCAAACAGCUUUACAGUCUGUAUAAAAUACGACACCCUCUACCCCUGGAAUAAGAGUACUGAUAUAAGUUGAACUGAAAAUCCUGAAUAUUGUAACCCAGAUUCUCUAAACCUGCAUUCAAGCCUCAUAAAGUGGAGUUCAUUUCAAAAAUGACAACAGAUAACAGUGCUUUUAUACUGACGUCUGUCACAUUCAUGUGGACAAAAAGUUGUUUUUUGAGAGGAAGUGCUUUUUUCUAAUGUAAUUUUCAUCAGUGUACCUGAUAUGUACUCAAACUGCUUCUGUACAGACUCUGAUCACACAUGAAACUCAAACCUACCCAAAGAGGUGCAGACAACUGGCAGUCAGUCGUUUUCACUUGUUACGCCUACUCUGACAUUUAUUAUAGUUUGUUAAAUAAUUGUCGCAGUAAGUGUAUGUUGUACAUGUUUUUCUGUAGUUUGUGUUUUGUUCCCUCUCUCAAGACCCAAUUAACCUACCUCACCUGUACAAUCAGCCUUCUUCUUUUAAGUGAAAUUGGUGGUGCUUAUUUUGUGGAAAAAUGGAACUACUGUAAAAUUCAACCAGGCAAAUAUACUAUGAUGGAAAUCAUUGAUCCAUGUAUCAAACACACACACACACAUACACACACACACACACACACACACACACACACACACACACACACUAGUUUGAUGUCUUUAGCUACAGUAGCUGUGUGUCCUUCCCACAGUUGUCUUUGUGUUUUUUCAGUCUACCUCUUCAGUUCAGAUGUACCUGGCAAAGUCUUUGGCCUUUUGAUUCAGACUCACUGCUGCCUCUCUCUCCUCCUGUCUGUCCGUCUGUUUAAAUCCGUCUGUCUUUACACACCUGUUUUAAGUUUCUCACGACCAACUACCUUCAUAUCUGUUGUACAUAGAUUUUCUGUCCUAUCUGAUGACUAAUCUGCCUUACAUCUGCCUUCUGCCUCUCUCCUCCUGUAAAUGUACCCACGCUUAUCUUUUUUUGGACCUACUGUACAGCAACUGUCUGUAUACUUCCAAGUCAUGACUGCUUACAAACAUUAACCGUUGUGCUUUUACCUCCAAAUUGGACAUUACAACGAGAGAUGCCGUGGUAAAUACUACGCUAUUGAAAUCAACACACAAAAAGAGGAAAUCUCUCAGUCUCAGC